AUGUGCUUCAUGCUGCUCUUGAUGGUCUGGGCGUGCCUACGCUGUGACGACCUGCAAGGAAUCUGUCCGGAGUCGAUGACUUUGUCACAGCUGGGAUUGAAGUUCGUGUUGUCGCGAACGAAGACCUCAGGACCGGGCAAACGUGUGGGGCAGCUGCAGGCCUUUGUUCUUCGAUCGGUGAGCUUGUCAGGGUAUGAUUGGAUUGCAGCGGGCUACAAUCUUUUGCAGACAGACGAGUUCAAGAUUCCAAGGGACUUCUUGUGCCUUCGCUUCACGCUUGGGUGGGAAGUCCAGUCCAGGGAGUUCAUGGACGGCGAGGGUGUGGCCUGCCACAUCCGAAGAGCGCUGGCGGAGCUGAAGGCGCCGCGGUUGGUGGAGGGCUCCUGGGGGCUCUCCAAGACGGUGCUUCUGGUGCCAGAGGCGCUACUGGGAUACGUCGAGGAAGAACUGUUUUUGCAGAUUCAGAUCUGGGCUCGGGCCCAUGCGUACACUGGGCCUCCCAUUGCUGCUUUGCAUAAGUCUUUGGUUUGGAACCGCGAAGGGUUUUGGAGUCUUCAGGGUAAGUACCCGGCGAUCAGUGUUGAUCCUGUGCACUUGGCCCGGGCGAUGGCCCCGGGAGAUGCAUCACUGCAGCCUAAUGAUGAGGAGCCGCAAGCUCCCUAUUUUGUCACCGUGGGGCGCUCAGGUUUCCGGAGGCUGCACUUGGCGCAUGCGUGUGCUGUGCGACAGGAACGUUGUGUGGAGACCAUUCCCUUGUUUGCAGUAACAGAGGAUUCUGCAGAUGCAAUUUGCAAGUUGUGUGCCCCUAAGAUCAAGCCAGGGGACGUCAGCAGCGACUCCGCUAGUUCGGAUGCGGAAGUUUUGGUAGAUCCUGCUCAGCAGGGAAACUGA